AUGUGUCACCCGCUCCCUCCUUCUUUUCUUCCUGAAGACUGUUUUAAACCUUUCUGCUUCCAUACCCUGCUCCUCCUCUUGCCUCUCCUCCCCCUGGUGGAUGGGGCGCCGGGUGUCAUCCCACGGGGACAUGCGUUUCUCUGCGCGCGCGGGGAGGGGCGCAGGGACCCCACGCAGACCGGUCGCUUUGUUUUCGGGACUGGGGUGGGGAUGGGAGGCUUUGCGGGCAGGUUGGAACGGAGCGGAGUCCCUCGGUCUCCUAGGACCGGUCACUUAGUCCGGGUCUGGGCCCUGUCGCGGAGGCUGAAAGCAGCUCCAGGUGCCGGCGCCCUGAGCGGGCGCGGGGCGAACCUCAGCUCGGUUCCAGGCACCGAAGGGACAGGCGCUCCCCUGGCAGGACCCUGUGCCGGCGCGUGUGAACGUGAGAGUGAGACCAAAAGAAAGGGAGAGAGAGAGACGAGAGGGAGCGGCUGCAGUCCGGGCUGUUCCCACAACUUUGGCUGCAGCGGGCGGGCGCUGGAGCGGGGUUUCGCAGCCGGCUGGAGGCGGUCGGGUUCUGCCCGGCUCUGCAGGGACACGCAGGAGGCCAGGUGCCGCUUGUUCCGACAGCCCGGCGGGCAGACUGGCAGCGGCGGCGCGCCGGCAGAGCUAGCCGUGUCAUCCGGGGGUGGGGGUGGGGGGCGGCGGGCGGGAGUGGCCCAGCCAGUCGGACGGGUUUGUGCCGGGAGCCGGGAGCCCAUGCCAGCGGCGCCCGGGCUGGGCCGCCUCGCGUCCGUGCGCGCCCCGGACCCCCGGCCCUGGAGCGGUCUCGGAGGCCGCCGGAGCGCACGGCCACCGUGUCCGAGGGAAGCUCAAGAGGAGGGACCCAAGAGAGGGGCCAGUGGAGCUGACACGCGGGCCGGUCCCGGGCGGAGCGCCGGGCUAUGGAGGAGCAGCGCGGCAGCGGGCAGCCGACUUCCGAGUCCCAGGCCCGGCUGCGGAGCAGAGGAGUCCGCGGGCGGAGAGGGUCGGGCAGCACCCGGCGCGCCGAGAGCCCGAUGGCCGCUCCAGCCCGCGCCGCGCUGCACCCCGAGGACCGUCACGACGGCACCAGCAACGGGACGGCACGGUUGCCCCAGCUGGGCACUCCUGAACCCCCUGCACGCCCAGCCGCAGCCGCAGCACCCGGGCUGGCCCGGCCAGAGGCAGAGCCAGGAGUCUGGGCUUCUGCACACGCACCGGGGGCUGCCGCACCAGCUGUCGGGCCUGGAUCCUCGCAGGGACUACCGGCGGCACGAGGACCUCCUGCACGGCCCACACGGGCUCGGCUCAGGACUCGGAGACCUCCCGAUCCACUCCUUACCUCACGCCAUCGAGGACGUCCCGCACGUAGAAGACCCGGGUAUUAACAUCCCAGAUCAAACUGUAAUUAAGAAAGGCCCCGUGUCCCUGUCCAAAUCCAACAGCAACGCCGUCUCCGCCAUCCCUAUCAACAAGGACAACCUCUUCGGCGGGGUGGUGAACCCCAACGAAGUCUUCUGUUCAGUUCCGGGUCGCCUCUCGCUCCUCAGCUCCACCUCGAAGUACAAGGUCACAGUGGCGGAAGUGCAGCGGCGCCUCUCACCGCCCGAGUGUCUCAACGCAUCGCUGCUGGGCGGAGUGCUCCGGAGGGCGAAGUCUAAAAAUGGAGGAAGAUCUUUAAGAGAAAAACUGGACAAAAUAGGAUUAAAUCUGCCGGCAGGGAGACGUAAAGCAGCCAACGUGACCCUGCUCACAUCACUAGUGGAGGGAGAAGCCGUCCACCUAGCCAGGGACUUUGGGUAUGUGUGCGAAACUGAAUUUCCUGCCAAAGCAGUAGCUGAAUUUCUCAACCGACAACAUUCCGAUCCCAAUGAGCAAGUGACAAGAAAAAACAUGCUCCUGGCUACAAAACAGAUUUGCAAAGAGUUCACCGACCUGCUGGCCCAGGACCGGUCUCCCCUGGGGAACUCGCGGCCCAACCCCAUCCUGGAGCCGGGCAUCCAGAGCUGCCUGACUCACUUCAACCUCAUCUCCCACGGCUUCGGCAGCCCGGCCGUGUGCGCCGCGGUCACGGCCCUGCAGAACUAUCUCACCGAGGCCCUCAAGGCCAUGGACAAAAUGUACCUCAGUAACAACCCCAACAGCCACACGGACAACAGCGCCAAAAGCAGCGACAAAGAGGAGAAGCACAGGAAGUGAGCAGGUGCCGGACUGCUCUCCCCGCCGUCGGGGGCGCCGCCGCGGCCCCUGCCUCGACCUCCCCGUCAGCGCCGACAGCCCCUGCCCUCUUGUGGCGCCCGAGAGAACAUGAACAGGCCGUGAAGCCCGCCGAGAAAAGUUCUGUCGAGUUUGUGAACAGUCUUUUUUUUUUUUUUAAUCAACAACAGCAACAAAAAUAAAUAAAUAAAAACUUUUUUUCUAGAAAAAAUAACAUAAAAAUUAAAAAAAAAUUAUAUGAGCUUCAUGGGACUGAAUCACCACCUUCCCUUACACACUCCAGAUUGUAGCCAUACUAAAAGAAUAAUAAUAAUAAAAGGCAAAAAGGAUAAUGACAUUUUUAUCAGUAUUGUGAAUAAACUUGAACACAAAUACACGAAGUUCCAUGUCAUGUCUUCAGUUGUAGAAGUUUUCCCUCCUCAAGGUAAAGCGACCAACUUGAACUCUGGCAACACGAUUCAGUUCUAUAAGGGAAUCAGUGUUCACGACUCUGUAUAUAUUUAUUUAUGUGUAAUUUAAUGGGAAUUGUAAAUAUGGUGAGUCUGUUUUAAGCCUUUUUUUAUUUAUCUGGUGAUCUCGUUUACCUCUUGUUUAGUGGGUUCUGAAUCUUUCCUAUUAGUUCUUCAUUGUGGUUCAUGGUACUUACUUAGAAAUCCAAGGUUUGGGGAACUUUUUUUUUUUUUUCUCCCCCCUCUGGGAUUCAUGAAUUUAGCCCUGUCGUAGCAUGUUAAAGGUGACAAUGAAACAGCUGAACAGAUUUUAAAAAGUAAAAUAAAAUUUAUUUAUAAUUAGUGUUACGUUUAGCUUUUCAUUGAAAUGAAAGUAAAAAGUGAUGCUGGACCCCAGGAUGAUUUUUAAACUUGAGUGGUUUGAUAACCCUUCUGUGUAUCAUGGGGAGGAAAAACAAAAGUUUAUUUUAUUCCACUGUCCUCCCUUGAAACCAUCAUUUGAGCAAUAAAUGGAUAUUGUCUUUAAACCAAGGGUUAGGGAUUCUCUCUCUCUCUCUCUCUCUGUUUCUCUCUCUCUCUUUUUGUUCAGAGAACUUCAAACAUUUGGGAGCACCUGGUAGUCUGUAUUUCGCUGGCCAUAUUGGAAGCAGUUCUAGUUGUAUUGUAUUGAGUUGUGCUGGCAGUAGUUUCCAUGCCUGUCAAUGUAUCAUAGUCCUUUGUUGCCCAGAUAAAUAAAUAUUUGAUACGCUUUA